AUGGUUCGAGUUCUACUAAGCGGUGGGUCUGGCUUUAUUGCCGCUCAUGUCCUGGAUGAGCUCCUUGACGACGGCCACUCCGUCGUGACCACUGUGCGCUCACAAGAGAAGGCCGACAAGAUCAAAGAGGCUCACUCGAAAUUCGGCAAGGACAAACUGGAUUUCGCCAUCGUCGAAGAUGUUGCUCAAGAAGGCGCAUUUGACAAGGCGGUCGUCUCGGAGCCACCGUUCGAAGCUGUGAUUCACACUGCUUCACCAUUUCAUUUCAACGUGACGGACGUGCAGAAGGAACUUUUGGACCCCGCCGUCCUCGGCACAACUGGCAUUUUGAAGUCCAUUAAGAAAAACGCUCCGUCGGUCAAACAGGUCGUCAUUACUUCCUCGUUUGCCUCCAUCGUGGACGGCACGAAAGGCCCCAGACCGGAGUACACGUACACCGAGGCCGACUGGAAUCCUGUUACCCAGGAACAAGCUGUCAAAGACCCGUCCACUGGCUACCGUGCAAGCAAGACCUUUGCCGAGCGCGCAGCUUGGGACUUCGUUGAGAAAGAGAACCCGAACUUUUCCCUCGCAACCAUUUGUCCGCCGCUCGUGUUGGGACCAAUUGUUCACUACCUUAAUUCACUCGACUCUUUAAACACGUCUAAUCAACGCAUUCGUGACAUCGUUCAAGGCAAAGCGAAGGACGAAAUUCCAGAGACUGGUGUAUUCCUCUGGGUCGAUGUUCGUGACCUAGCGCGGGCACAUGUCCUGGCGAUUGAGAAGAAGGAUGCUGCCAACAAGCGUUUUUUCAUUGUUGCUGGGUACUUCUCAAACCGCGAGAUUGCAGAAAUUGUCGCAGAACACUACCCACAAUACAAGGAGGGCUUGCCGACGAAGGACACUCCUGGUGGAGACUACCCGAAAGAUGGCGUGUACAAGUUCGACAAUUCGAGGUCGAAGGAGGUACUUGGCCUUACCUACCGGUCACUCAACGACUCUAUCAAGGACACCGUGAAGAGCUUACAAGCCGUGGGCGUGUAG